UGACGUCAUAUCAGAGUAGGAUAAAAGAAAUGUCGCUUUGCGUCUAUCGUCGUCGUCACAUUGAUAUUUUCGGUCCAAUUGAAUAAUCCUUCGGGGUUCCGAAAGCCAAUGAAAAGAUGCCAAAUCCUGUGGUUUUCUUUGACAUCACCAUUGCUGACGUCAGCGCGGGCAAAAUCACAAUGGAGCUUUUUGCAGACGUAGUUCCAAAAACUGCAGAGAACUUCAGGGCACUAUGCACCGGUGAGAAAGGUUUUGGCUUCAAGAAUUCCAUCUUCCACCGCAUCAUUCCCCAAUUCAUGUGCCAGGGCGGCGACUUCACCAACCACAACGGGACCGGAGGGAAGUCCAUCUACGGCAAGUCCUUUCCUGACGAGAACUUCAAUCUGAAGCAUGCCGGCUUUGGGACGCUUUCCAUGGCCAACGCCGGCGCCGACACCAACGGCUCGCAGUUCUUCCUCUGCACGGAGAAAACUACCUGGCUGGACGGCAAGCACGUGGUGUUCGGGAAGCUUCUGGAAGGCACCGACGUGCUGAAGGCCAUGGAAAGUCAAGGCACCAAAAACGGGACCCCGAAAGCCAAGGUUGCCAUCGCAGACUGCGGCCAGCUCAAGUAGCUCCAGAGCGCCCCCUAAAGCUCACUCUCGUCCUUCCAAGAAAUUUCUUGAAGCCUCACCUCACGAUAUAGGUACAUGGGCAUUAAAAAGAAAAAAGAAAAAUCUCACCAUACGUACAUGGGCUGAAAGUACUAAAAAAGCUGCACCACUCACUGGUCAUUUUUCAACCUCCAAAAACUUUUUUUUUUCUUUUUUUUACUCCACUCCCUAUUUUGACACCGUUCCAAUUUCUACAUACUCCACACAUCCACGACAUUAUUUUUCUCACUUCACUAUGUUUUCAUCUUUUCCCCGCCACCAUUAAACAUGAAUAUUUUCCCCAGAA